GACCAGGACUAUAUAUAAUGUCAGGCUUGCUAGCAGAGAAGGCACACACACAGCAAAACAACAAUCAGCCCAUCAGAACAAACUCUUGAAGCAGUAAUAACCAUGUCACAGUCAGGCGAGGUGAAAAAGAAGAAGCGGCCACCGAUGAAGGAGGAGGACUUGAAAGGAGCUCGCAAUAAACUGGGCCUGAAGGGCGAGGUCAAAAGUAAGACCUAUGAGGUCAUGGUGGAGUGUGAGCGUAUGGGGAAGGUGGCUCCAUCUGUGUUCAGCGGCGUGAGGACGGGCACAGAGACAGUUCUUACUCAGCCUGCUGCUCCGAAGGAUUCUUCAGCCAGUGUGUUCGGCAAAUAGUCACCGAAGUAAAAAAAAAUGUCGCUUUCACAGUCAUUAACUGGACGGUGAUAAAUGUAAAGUGUAUAUUUUUGAAGCUUAAGGGGGGCGAAUAAGCUAGUUUUGCUCUGACAUUGUAUUUUGAUGUGGAUGUUUGUUACGCUGUACUUUUUUGUAUUUGCCCAUCUGUUCAAAUAAAUAUUCUUUCCUGUGUUUAAACGUA